CUUGUUCAAUUUCAAUAUUUAUUUAAACUGCAAUAUAUUUAAUUUAAUUAAGUGCUAUAAUUAUUUUGGUGUAAUUAAUUGUGGAGCAAGAAGAAUCACUCACUUUGGCGAAAAGUUGACCUAUGACCGUUUUUUCUGGAGUGAAAGAUUGAAAUAAAUUAAGAUAAAAUGGCUGCUCAACCCCCUGCUGCUGCUCCAAUAAUUGUCCAGGGUCCGGCUUCAUUUUUUGUGGAUCACCUGUUUUUCAAAUCGUACCCUUCACUUCUUCUCCCAUCGCCAUCCCCGGCUUCGGAACUUUUAUCUCGCUCAUCGCAAAGUUUGUCGUGUUCUUCAAAAUUUGGUGUUCUCUUUGUCGCCGGACAAGGACAAGGUCUUCACCUCCUUCGCGUCGCGGAUGUCCUAGCGGUGCAAACAACGGGAGGGAAAAGUCAUCAGAAACAAGUUGAGUUGAGUCAAGUCCCCUUUGCGAUCGCUUCUUUCCCUUCUGCGCCACCUCCCACACUGGUCGCCAUUUCCGUUGGGGAAGAGUUUCUCGCCGUGGACACGGUGCGAAAUGGGGUCGGAUUUGUUUUAAUAUUCAAACUGGAUCAGUUCCUAAUUACGCCGGGUUUUAAGUGCGACCCAAUUGCUGAGGUUCGCGCAUCGCCUAAAGAUGGGUCAAAAGUUUGUGGUAUUUCUUGGAAUCCGGGCGAAAAUAUGAGUAACAUGUUGGCAAUUAAUUGUGAUGACGGAUUUCUUCAAAUAGUCACGAUCAAGGGGGUCAAUUCGGUGGAGAUGUGUUCAUACAAGGGUAUUGUGAGAUCAAUGUGCUGGAGUCCAAAAGGGAAACAACUCGUCGUCGGAAAAGCGGACGGUUCUUUAUCUCAAUUAAAAUUGGAUUGUGCCGAAGCUAAGCGAAUUCCAGGCCCGGGUGGGAGCGCAAGAACACCCACAGCUCUAUUUUGGACGUCCACUACACAAUUUAUAAUAAAUUACGUCGUAGACGGGAAAGAUAUUGACCUGAUGCAACUCGACCUUGUCAAAGGGGGUCCGCCAACCUACACCAAUUUCGGCGACGUUUUCGUCUCUGACAGAGUUGAUCCCGCCUCAAAAUGUAGUUUCGUCCCCCUCCUCGCCUGGAAUGUGAUUGUCGCCACGUCCAACACCAUUAAUGAUGUCGUCCUCCUCGGAAAAGGACUCAGCGCAGCUAGUAGUGGCGAAAACUGGACAAUCGCCGACCUCAAUGACAAUCGUCGUGCAGCCAUUCCAAUCGACAGUUUCGCCGUUGGAGCGACUCUCUUCACGGGAUCAGAGGAGAGUGUAGUUUUUGACGAGACGGAAUCCUAUGGCGGUGUUCCAGUCGUGUUCGUUUUAUCAGAAGCAGGAGCAUUGUCAUCAUUCGCCUUGGUGAAUUCCAAAGGAGAUGCGCCCUCUGUAUUUCAAAAGGUUGUGGGAGCCCUGCCAACUGAAAUUUUUGCUCAAAAGAGAAAGGAAGAAAUCAGUCAGCCUGCUGCUCCUGCUGCUGCUCCUCCUCCUGUUCAGUUUGGACUGCCAUCAAUUAAUAAGGGGACGACUGCCCCGUUCAAUUUAAUUACAAAUCAGCCUUCAUCAAGUAUCUUACCCCAAAAGACUUUACCAGAAACCACCGGGUUCAACUUUAACCCAUUGUCAAAUUUUGGUGCUACUUCUGCACCACCACCGCUAAUAAAUCCGCUUGUCAUUAAUAAAGCUGUUGUCGACCCUGCAAAAAGCGAUCAAGUAGUCGCGCAACCACCACCACAACAACCAGUUCAACUAAUUUCGGCGCCUGUAAAACAACAGCCACCACUUUUCGAUAUGAAACAACUCCCUACGACUGGACUUCCAAACUUACAACAGGUCGAAGACUUGAAACGGAUGGUGGAGGAGAAACGGGCACAAGGAGGAUUUCGCGAGGCUGGUAGCGGCGAUGACGAACCUGACAUGGAUGAAGUGCUCUUAGAAGUGGAAAAGUUUCAGAAACGGUUGGAAAUGUUUCACACACGAAGGGCAGAAACUCAUCAGAAGACUGUCCAGACGUUCAACGAAGUUCGGAAGGAGGUUGAAGACGGCGUCGUGUCACGGCUAAAUUUGAUGGAAGACUUUACCUCAACUCUACGUGAAACAAAGGAUGUUCAAGAGGAGGAAGUAAACGGAAUUAAAGAGCGGAUCGUAAGCCAUUACACGGAACUUGAAUAUGCCAAGGCGCUCGAGGAGAGGAAUAAGGAUCCAAAAUAUGCUCAGUUACUCAUGGCGCAACCAAUGGAUGCUGGGAGGUUGACGAAGUUUGGAGAAAUUGAAAAAUUAUAUCAAUACAUCCGAAGCCAAACUGCAGAGUGUGAACGUUUCUUCAAACUGCAAUCCCAUCAACAGAACCCCCUCCAGAACUCUGCCAUCAUACAAAGUAUCUACCAAACCUUGGCCAAUCACUCAAAAAUUAUUAAACGACUCGCCCAUAACAUCAACCUCCUCCGCGUUCAGAUCGGGCUUAAUAAAACUGCCGGGAUCGAAGACCACCGUGCCUUCGACGUCCCCUCGAUGGGAUAUAACUACAACUUUUUGGAUAAUAAUAACGACAUUAUCAACAAAAACAACAAGGCUAACCGGAAUAAUAAGCCCUUGUUGAAGGAGCGACCCGUAAUCACCGUGCCGAAAAGUAACGUGCCCAAGAUAAAAGCGGAGAAGGAGAAAGUCCCCUCCUCCGUGGCUGAAAAAUUGACCGUGGACGAUCUAACGGCUGGAAUGUCUCGCGUGAAACUGAACAGGUUGAAGGAUGCCGGAAUUUUAGGAGGGGGACGAGACACCACACAUUUGUUCUUAGGGGAUCAGAAACCUAUGCGCAUUUCGGCCAAGAAGUUAGACUCGUUGACCAAGAUUGUCUCAAGAGUGGAGAACAUCGAGAUUUCCGGGCCUAGUGUUGUGGAUCCGUACGAUCUGAGUGUGAAGGGAAGGGCCGCCGCGGCAGCGGCAAGGAGUAGGAAUUUCAUCGAAAAAUUAGACGAUAAGGCUGGAACGAGCAGCAGCAGUAAUGGAGAGAACAAUGAGAUCAAGUCUAUUUUGACGGGAACUGUAGCGAAAGAGGUUAAAAAGGAAGGAGGAGCAUCCCCUCUGGUUAAACCAGUACCUUCGAAACCACAAGUGUCAUUUGGAGACGAUAAAGUUAAACCGUUUAGUCCUCAGCAGCAGCAGCAAGAACCAGCAGUAAAGUUCUCUUCGAUUGAUUCUUCCCCCAUGUUAGCGGCCAUGUUGUCGUCAGCGCCAUCAAGUCAGGAACCACUUAAAAUUCCGAGCCUCGUUUCAUUCCCAGCGACUACUGCGGUUUCUUCGUCGUUCGGAUUUUCGAUGGGAUCUGCUACAGCUACGACGACUAGUACAAUUACAAAUCCUCCACCAUCAUUAUUUGGUGCGUCGACGAAUACUUUUAAUUUUUCUUCAAUGACAUCACCCUUUGGUGCGCCGACUACGACGGCGAAGACAAGUGCGUCAGUUUCGUCAUCUUUGUUGGGUGAUGCUACUGGAAAAUCUUUCCUGGGAGGAGGACUCGGAUUUACCUUAUCGUCCAGUUCGUCCGCCCCCACUCUACCACAAACUCAAACCACGACAGCAUCAGGACUUCAGACUUCUUCCUCCGUACAGAAAUCAGUUGCUCCUCCAAUCAUGACAGUGCCGAUUGGGCCGACAUCAAUAUUUGGAGGAGGUGGAGGAGUAACAAUCUCACAAAAUCCACCUGCAUUCUCGUCACUAUUUGCGGCUCCUUCAUCAACAGCAUCUUUUUCCACUAGCUCGCCAGCCUUGACGAGUCUGCUAACAAGCAGCAGUGUCAGCAAUAACAACAAACCUGCCACGGGGGGACAAAGUCCGCUCGCCUCCCUGCCAACUUUUGAUCUCAGUUUGAGCAGUGGAUUAAAAUCGGGAGGAGGAACUACACCAUUUUUGACGGGGGCACAGUCGGGCCCUCCUCCGAAUUUAUUUGGGAGCGGUACGACUAUUACUACUACUACAACUCCUGUAAGUAAUAAGACGUCGUCCCUCUUGGGUGGCUAUGUGAUUCCGAAGACGACCAAGGCACCCGAACCGAAGGAGGAAGAUUGGGAAGAUGAAGGAAAAACGGCAACAAUUCCGCCGCUGCUGGAAGAAAUUCCAAAAUCGAAACCAUACUCGGUCGAAGUGGAGGCUGUAACACCUCCGGAAAAAGAAGAAUCUUCUGCGACUACAAUUUCCACCAAGACGCUGGACUCGACAUUAUUAUCAUCUGCUCUGUUUGGUGCUCUCGACAUAACUAAAAGUAGUGAGCAAACGAUACCGGUCAUUGAUUUAAGUAAAUCAACAGCAGUAUCUGCAACUACCCCCGCGACGGGUUCCACCAAUUUAGUUUUCGGUGGGAAUUCUGUGAGUAAAAAUUUAUUCGGGACGACGACGUCGACCACAGUAACGCCACCGGCAUCAAGUCUGUUUGGAGGAGGAACGUUGGUCUCUACUACUUCAACUACUACGACAUUACCACAACCUACUUCUACCGCUCCAAUAUCUACGUUUGGACUUUCAUCCGCUUUAGGAGCAACGUCACCUUUCGGAACAGCGGUGGUGACAUCGACGGUUUCAAAUCCUCCAGCCUCGUCUUCAAUAUUUGGUUCUGCGGGGAUAGUAACUUCAUCUGCUCCUACUUCAAUUUUUGGGGCUCCAACGCCUGCUACAGUCACGUCGGGAGGGUCCCUUUUCGGAUCAAGUCCAGCAGUCGUGGCACCCACAUCAGUGUCCGCUUUUGGUGGUCAACCAACUCCGACCACUACUAAUGCGGCCUCAUCAAUUUUCGGAUCUCAGCAGACGCCUAGUACUCCACAAAGUGGGUUGUUUUCAGGAGGGGGAGUACAAAGUACGACACAGGCGACGACUGGAUUUUCUUUCGCGUCGCCGACGUCACCAAGUACAGCAGUAGGUGCUUUUGGAUCUACAUCGGUAUUUGGUGGUGCCACAACGACAGGACAGCCAGCAUUUGGGGGUUCCGCAGUUUUUGGGUCGGCGACUACUCCUGCCGUUUCUUCCAGUGGAUUUGGAGGAGGAACGACUUCCAUUUUUGGGACAAGUUCAGCCUUUGGAACACCUGCUUCGACUGGUGGGUCCGCCUUCGGAUCUGCGUUCGGUUCAACUUCACCCCCAGCAACAGCAGCAGCGACUUCACCAUUUGGAGGGGGUUCAACCUCAGUGUUUGGAGGUGGAGCCGCACCAGCUUCGCCAUUCAGCGGUGGUGGAAUUACUAGUGGAUCUGUAUUUGGAGGGACGACGACCCUUCCGACUGGAGGACUGUUUAGUGGAGGAGGUGGUAGCACGGCGCAAUCUGGAUUUUCGUUUGCAUCUCCGACAAGUCAAGCCAGUGCUUUUGGAACUCCUGCCCCUGCGGCCGUGGCGCAACCAACAUCUGCUUUUGGAGUAGCUACGCCAGCUUUUGGCAGUGCCCCAGUUUUUGGUGGAACGCCCGCCUUUGGAUCACCUCCCGCGUUCGGAGGAAGUCCUGCAUUCGGUACUACGGGUUCUACUUUUGGUUCGGCUUUCGGCUCAAGUAGUCCUGCAGCGACGGGAGGAGGAAGCAUUUUUGGAGGUGCGAUCGUACAAGGAGCUGCACCCUCGUUUGGUGCGCUGGCUCAAGCCUCGCCCCCUCAACAGCAGCAAGGAUUCGGUAGUGGAGGAGGAGGAGUGUUUGGUUCUCCUGGUCAAGGAGGAGGAUCUAUUUUUGGUGGAGGUGGUGGUCAGCCCACGUCCCCAUUUGGACAGCCUCAAGCACAACAACAAUCUGCAUUUGGUGGUGGGGGAGGACAGUCCCCUCCGCCGGCAUCCUUUGGUGGCAGCGCGUUCAGCAGUUGGCGAUAAUUGUAAUAUAGAUUUAAGCACAGUGAUGACGAGAUGACAAGACUAUUUAUUUAGAGACGACGCACGAUUCUUUCUUAAUUUAUUGUCAAACUGAUGUGGUAUCAACAAAUUACGUGUAUGUAUUAAUUUAUAAAAAAUGAGGAUCGUAUCAUGUAUACUUAAAAACUAAUUAUUUAAAUACUCCUACAAGUUUUGCUAUCUAGCAUUGUUUUCAUUAUUAAUAAAUUGAAGUGUCAAUUAAAGCUA